AUGCCUGGAGCAAGUGUUGGUGAUUUGCCGCCCCAGGCGGCGUCAACAUCGUCCCGAAAGACUUCUCUCGCGCCUGAACGCAAAUAUAAAUGCCAGUUCUGCAACCGAGCCUUUAGCAGAAGUGAACACAGAAGUCGACACGAGCGAUCACAUACCAAAGAACGUCCCUUCAAAUGCAUGAAGUGUAGAAGCACCUUUGUUCGCCGCGACUUGCUUCUUCGUCAUGACCGCACUGUUCACGCCAAAGACGGCGGUGUUCCCCUACAUAGUGAUGGAAAGCGACGUGCUGGCCCCAAGACCCGUGGUAUUGAUGGCACCCCCAAGGCCUCCCUCGCAGCUCUCGAUGCCUCCACCCUGGAACAGAUGGAAAGUGGCCCCGACGGCAUCUUUGAUGUCGAAGCCGCCGCCAUGCUUGUUGCCGACCUGCACCACAAGGCCACCGCCGCCAUGCGUGGCGACGACUCUGCCUACGAUGACAACCAGUCCAUGUCGUACUCGCCUCGCACCUCCGCUGCUAUGGAGCCCGCAGUCACGUACCCGUCUGGUGCCAUUGCCUUGCCUCAAGUCCAGUGGGAAAACUUUAUGUCACAGCCCGGUGCGGAUUGCAAGGCUAGUCCCAUCACGCCUAGUGUUGCCGGAUCCUUCGAUUCACAGCGCUCUUUUGCCAGCGCUGUGACUCUGCAGCCUCAUUCCAACCACCUGCCUCCCAUCGGCGGCCAAAAUCCUCACGGUUUCGUCCCUGCUAUUCAGUCCAUGCUGAGAUCUGCCUCCCAUUCCGACGCUGGCACGCCCAUGAGCCCUACCUUUGACUCGUCCCAAGCUGGCUUCAGGGCCCCUCAGUUUGCUGGUGCCGAUGAGCGCAACACUCUCCUCGACAUCAUUCGGAGUCAUGAUCGCGAAAGCGCCAUCCCCGAGGGCUUCCGCCUGCCUGGUCUUGGCUCACUGAACCGCUACCUCUCGACAUACUUUGGUCUGUUCCACCACCACCUACCUUUGCUGCAUCCUUCUUCGUUCAACCCCACCCAAGUUUCGCCUCCUUUACUCCUUGCCGUCCUGAGUAUCGGAGCCCUCUACGCCUUUGACCAAGACCAAGCCUAUAUGCUACACAUUGGCUCCAAGGUGCUCGUCAACCAGUUUCUGCAAAACAAGGAAAACUUCAGCUCUCGCAAGUGUCCGCUCUGGACCAUGCAGAGUUCAUUGUUGAACAUGAUCUUUGCUAGUUGGAGCGGUGAUCCCAAGGGACUUGAAUGGGCGUGCUCGAUCAAGAGUCUGCUCGCCAACAUGGUUUCCGGUAAUCGCUAUGAGCUCAAGCUGCGUCAAGAGGCCCGCGGCAAUAGCAAACCCACGCGCGCUGAAUGGGUCGAGGAUGAAGGCUGUCGCCGCACGUACUACGCAGUCUACAUCUUCUUCGGUCUCUUGACACUAACGUAUAAUCAUACUCCUGCAAUCGGCUUCAACGAGCUCGAAGAUCUUCAACUGCCGUCUACUGAAGCUCUCUGGAACGCCCAAGCCAACGAUGAGAGCGCUUGGGAAGAUCAUACCAAGGGUGCUCCUGCCCUAACGUUCCUCGAGGCCCACGAUAAUCUCUUCCAGGGCGAGACUUUGCAAUACAGCGCCUUUGCCACUCGUGUCAUGAUCAACGCUUUGUUUUUGGAGGUUUGGUACCACAAGCGAAGCCCCGAAGCACUGCAGGACGUUGUCACCGAGUACAAGCUGCGUUUGGCCCUCGAAACCUGGGACAAGUCUCUGGAACGCUGCGAGCCUGAAGCCGUUAGCGUUCCCCUCAGCGCUCCUCACAAGAGUCAUCCGUUGAUAUUCAACGCCAAGGCUAUGUACAGAAACGCACGUGCUCGCCUCGAGGUCGACCUGAAAGCAGUCCAAGAAGCGCUUCGCUAUCACGAUCCUUAUGAAGUUGGUGCUGCCAUGUCUCACGCCCGCGAUCGCGUAAAGCGAUCGAGCGAGAUGAUCAAGGUUAUCGAGGAAUGCUACAGCUGCAUCGAAACGGCCGUCCUGCAGGGCGUUCGAUGGGUUGCCCGCACCUCACCCACAAAUUGGAGCGUAGAGCAUCCGUUGUGUGGGCUUGACCUCAUGAUCAUUCUUUCGCUUUGGCUCUAUCGUCUGGAACACGACGACGAGCAAGCGACGCCGGAAGAACUGGCGAUGUACAACAAAGUAAGACAACUCUUUGUCAAGGACUUGGAUGAGGCAUACAUGUCUCACCUCGGCUCAGUUGUCGCUCGCCUCUGGGGCUCCAUGCUCGACGAAGUUGUCGUCUGGGGAAUCACCCGUCUUAUGGGGGAAUCCUUCAAACUGCACUCCCAAGCGCUUGUCGGCUACGUCGACGAUCGCGAAGCUGCUUCCUCAAACGUCUCGACUCCUUCGAUGAUCUCUCAAGGAGCGGACGAGGAUAGCGUGUACUAA